AUGAAUGGUGAUGAUACUUUGGACUGGGCAAAGAAACCUGCUGAACCUGGCAACCGCAAAAGAGCGGUAUCGAAAAAGACUAUUGAAGGAUCACCAGUCAGCAGAUUCUGUCCCAAAUGUGCUCUAGAAGGAAGUGUCAGUCCUAUUCAGUUGUUUCAGAUCAAUGAUGAGGAGGCUCUACUUAUGUGCAAAAAUGCCGCAUGUACAUUUAUGCAGUCGACUUACUGGCAGUCUCUCAUUGUAAAGCGAAGUGUCUCACAGUUGACUGUUACAAACCGCAGAAGGAAAUCAUUGUCAUCUAGAUCAUCUCACGUGUCCACACCAACCAGCGCAAAUACCGACACAUGCCUGCAAAGCAUAUUGAAAUCUUCCUCUCAGUCGAGAUACAGUGUGAACCCUACAUCGUUGCCAGGGAUAUCACCUGUGUCCAACUUGGCAGGUGUAACAGCUGGUAGUCAGCCACCAUUUAAGAAAUUGGUCUCUGAAUCUUCCCUAGAAGGGAAAGAGAGAAAGACUUUGGUUCCGAUAGCACCAUUUCUCAGUGGACAUGCUCAUAGUUUUGCCUCAUUUGAGACCAAUAAAUUAGAACAUAAACUUCAGCAAAGAAAUACCUUGACGCAGCAACAAGGUCCAGCUCUCAGCCCAAAACCUACAGACAUCAGAAAACUAUUUGGAGCAGAUAAAUGGAGAGUGUUGAGUAAACGACGUGCCUGCAGUCUAGACUCUGAUUCCCAGUCAAGCAGCAGCAGCUGUUACGAUUCACGCCCCACUACCCCGGACACUUCCUCCAGCGCCAAGAAAGUGAGGAGUAUCGUUGUACCUCCUGAAACGCUUUCAAAACUAAUCGAUGGGUCCAUGAAACUUGAGAUCCGGAAGACUACUAAUUCAGGUGCUGAUAUCAUCUUCAGAUCAGUAAAGAAAGUUAAUUCCACAGUAGAUUAUGGCAAACAGCCUGAAAGAAACCAGUUACAGACACUAAAUAGACCGGUUUCUAGUGCUUCUAUAAACUCAGUUCCCGCUGUAAGUGUUCAACAAAUCAGCGGUGGUGAUCUGGAAAUUACUCCUGUGGGGUCACUCCAUGACCUUGUGAGUUCCAGAGGUCAGCAGUCUGAUAGCGCUAGUUCGCACAUUGAAGCCAUUAACUUUCAUCUCCAGGCUAGUUCCAUCAAGUCACACAUUGAAAUCAUCAACUCACAUAUCCAAGCCAUUAACAAGGCUGUCGGCUGCAGCGAUUUAUAUGUUCCAAUAGACUUCUCCCAUUUAUGUCAGAAGUUUAGUGUUGAUAUUCUGAAUGAACCUGCCAGCGCACAGGAAGGGGAUCAGAACUCUUUGGUGACUUCUGGUCAUAAUGAGUUUCAGGUUGUCGUGGACACAUCUUCAUUUGAUUACAGUUCUUUCAAGCCUGUUGGUUAUCUUGAUAGGCAAAUAAUUGAGCCAGUUCUGGAUUCCUCAGAGAGCAGCUCUCUUAUAUCUGGUAGUGCUGAACCUACCUCAGACAGCUCCCAGUGUGGUGGUACACAGCUUAGUAGUUCGUGUAGUUAA